AGGAAAGAGUGAGGCAACAGGCUGUGAAGUAUCAAAAACGUCAAAAUUCCUUGGACACACACACGAAAUAAAGGCACAUUUUUCUUGACCGAUUUCUUGGGAGCUGCUGGUAUGCAAAAACAGCUCAUAAGCAAAUCAACCCGGUUCAUCAAUCAAUAACGGUUGCUAUUCUAGACAUAUGUAUACCAAAGGUUUUCCAACGUGUAAACACAAAGUAAUGCUCCGCUAUCUACACGCCCUAUCGACAAAAAAACUGAACGAAAUUACCCAGAGGUGCAGAGUAUCGUAGCUAAUCGAAAAUAUGUUGGUUAACAAGUCAACCCUUACAUGGAAAAUGAAAUUUCAUGGGAAUGAAAUGGAAAGAGGAUAAUAACAAAUUAAAUUAAAAAAAAGAAUGUAAUAAAAACCAAAAUAAGUGUGAAAUAUGAAAACAUCAAAUUUUAAGACUGUUUGGUAAAUAAACUGUUUUUCGUUAUCAGAUGAAAAGAUGAUUGAAUCAGGUGUGGACAAUACCGAGGCACUUGAUUGUAUUCUUCAAGCCGCAAAUAAACAUCCCAAUUCACGUGUUUCCAAACUUAUACACAGUGUGGAAGAGGAACGAUCUCAAAAAAAUAUAGUUCUUUUACUUAUUGAGUUGGCAGAACAUGUGGAAUAUGCUACUGAUUUUAGCAUUUCUUUAAAAUAUUAUUUAGAUUUAUUUGAGAAAUUGGGUAUAGGGCGUGAAAUCGUAUUGAAUGAAGCUGGCUUGUUGCUACUAAACUCUUCAAAAGUUUAUGCGCGACGAGUUGAUUUCAUACAGGAAUUAGUGGAGCGCCAGAUACUGACUUUAUCCAAUGCAGACAAGGAAAUAGUUCAAAGCAGAGCCGAAAAUCAAACAAAGAAUUCUACAGAAAAACCGAAACGCACGCGUAAACGCCUCGUAGCAGUAGUAGAUGAUCCCUACGAAGUGGAAUUAGUCCCAAGAAAAUUUCGCAAAUUAAGUGAAGAAAAGCGAUUUCUGGGAAGUCAUCCGCCAGUUAACCCUAGGGUUACGUCUUCACGUUCCUACAGAAUAGACUCUGAACAAUAUAUACACCCCGCGGCAUGGCAGCAUUCUAGUAUUGUUGACCUAGAAAAUGAAGAAGACAUUGAUUGUAAACGGAAUUAUAAGCUCUUCACGUAUCAUGUGGAGCAUCGGUAUAAUACUUUGGUGGCAGACAUCAAUUUUAGACUACAUUUUAAAGUGAAGGACUAUAUUGAUGAGGAAGAAGAGCGUCUUGCAGAAGUAGAAGAACGCGAUAACCUUUCGAUCAGCGAUCUAAGAGACUGGCCUCCUCUUUCGGAGGAAUAUGUGGAAAAAUAUUUGAAUCUAGAAAAUAGAGUUUUAGCUAUAGGAGAAGCUUUAAAACAGUGUAAAAGGCCUAGGCUUGAAAAAGAACCUGAUGUUAUCAAUAAUAAAGUUACCACUCUUGAAAAAGUACAACAUUCGGAACAUAAUAUAGAAUGUGAUCACAGUUUGACUCGAAGCAAAGAAGAAUCUGCCGCAGAUUCCAUGCAACAUGAAUCAGGUCUUAGUAAUAGUAUUGCCUUGAAAAACAGCUCGAGUGUGGAUAUUAUUACAAAUUUCAACGAAUCUGCACUACUUGAAAAUAGUGAAAAAGAAAUUACUAUAACCAGUGACGAAUACAUAAACGUAACAAAUUUAACAGCGCAAAGUGCAUGCUUGGGCCGUGAUCUGAAUUCGACGGAAAAGUCAAUUUUGGAAUGUAUAAACGAAUCCGAAAAUUUAGAAAAUGCAUCAGCUUUCAGUUUUCAAAUGAAAUCUUUUGAAUCUAAUGCAUUAGGGAAUUCUGCUACAUUAAAUGAAAUUAAUAAAAGUGAAAUUGCCAUCAGUAACAUAGCGGAGCAGUCAAGAAAUGAUACUGGUUUAGGUGAUAGCAUUAAGGAACAAACUCAAAUGAAUGACUGUAGUAAUAUAAACAUCGAAAAGAAAGGUUUGUUGGUUGACAAUCCUGAUUUAACUGAUAAUUCAUCUGUACUACUUAAUAAAGAUAAGUGCGACCAACAAAUAAUUGAGGUGACGGCUGAAAUGAAAACCAAUGAUGACGAAAACGAAAUCCACCUGAAUAAAAUUCGUGUUUACCUCCCACAUCUAGACGAUGAGGGCGUAUAUUUUUCGGAUUUGGAUGACCAGGAGCAACGGAUGCUAUCACCCAGAGUAGUUACAACUGACGUUUUCCCUUGCAUACCCAACAAGGAAAAUAUAACUAUUAUUGUUGAUGAUGAUAUAAGGACCCUUUUAAAUAUAGUAGAUGAUGAACCACCUCCUACAUAUACGAUGCCUGUGCAAAUCCGACCAUUUAUACCUCCCGUGAAGCUGAAUAUUUUCAAAUUUCACGAAAAAAUACUUAGGCGACGUCUGCUGUUUAAGCUUGGAUCAGAAAUGGAACUUUUUCUUCAAUCACGUUCAAUGAAACGAAUACACUGUACUGAUGCAAAUGAACAACGACAGUAUAGACCAAUGAAGUUAUUUAACGACUCUUUAGAUGCCGCAAACGAGGCAAAAGAAAUUAACAGAUAUGAUAGCGAAACAGACUAUAUUCUUAGCGACGGUGAAGAUACGGAAGACUUCCUGGGAUUUACUGAGGAAGAGCAAGCAAAUAAGAUUUCACAUCGUUUAAGCAGGGAUUCUGGCGUUGAUGCAGAUGUGCCGCUUACGUCUAACUUAAGCAAAGAUACCAAGUUCCAACCAGAAUAUGCGGAAAAAUAUAAUGAAAAUACUCAGAAUCCCCGUGAUCCUAAGGAUAGUGAAAUCGAAGAGAGAAAUAAUAGUGAAAUGACAAAAUCUACUAACACGAUUGAAUUAACGAAUGAAGUUCAUUCAGAAAUGAGUAAUUCGAUUGAGAAUUCAUCAUUAUUUAUAGAAGACGUGCACGAGAUUGAAAACUCUAAAACAAAGAUACAAAAAUGGCAUGAGUAUUUGCAUCCUAUUUUAGCGAAGGCUCGGGAGCGUCACCAUUUCGAUGUUUUUCAGUUGGGGACGGAAAUUAUGAACGAACUUCAAAAACCUAUUAUAUCCAGAAGCCAUACUCAGACUUCAUCAAUCACAUUCCAAGAAGUAAUGAUUAAUAAGGAUGAAAGUUAUGUGUCACGCUACUUUUUAUCAACUUUGCUACUGGCAAACCAGAACAACAUUAAAAUUGGUAUAAACAACAGGUGUACUGAGAAGCCUUCAACGUGGAGCGACAUAAACUUGGAAUUGUUAGAUACAAAACGGCAUACUGUAGCCUUAGAAGACAAUAUUGGAAUAAUACACUCGAAAGUUAGGGAUAAAAAUAAGUCCGUUCAUGGCAGACUGAAAAAAUGUCCUACCAUACCAGAGGUGGCAAGUAUUGCGGUGAUGGAUGUUAGCAAUGAAGUAGUUCAUGUUAAUUUGAAUAUUGUGCGUCCUUUAAAGCAAAUUGAGAAACUGCCAAGCACCAAUGAUGAUUAUGAUUCUGGUAUUUUUUCAACUGAAGAGUGUGCGUCGUGACAAUUAAAUAACUCGUGUUCUCAGCUAUUAGCAACUGUGUAGUGAAAAAGUGAACGUUUGGGUUGAUUGUAUUGUUAAUUAUUUGAUCGUAGCUGUAUGUAUGUAUGUGCAAUAAGUACAAUUUUAGUGUGUUUAAAGUUAGAACAAGUGUUUUAAAUAUUAUGACUGUAGUGACUAAACAUUUAUAUUUGCAAUCUCUUACCUUUCAGGCGCAUAAACAUAAAAAUUAUCAUCCCAGGUUUGCAUAUUUUACUUUUUAAACUAACCAUUUUUACCGGUAAAAAGUUAGGUUGUACAUUAUAUAAAUUAGCAUCAAAAAUAAUUUUGCAUAACCUUUAUAAAUAACUUUGUACCUGAUACCAUAAUACCCAUGGAGGGAGGUAAUAUGUACAUACAUAUAUAGGAUGAUAAAAAUAGGAAUAAGGUGUAUCUGAUUUUGUAAAAUUCAAAAGUUUUAAAUAAAGAAAUUUAUGUAACACUUAUUAUUGAAAAUUAAUUAUACAUGCAAUA